GGAGCGCAGCGGUGUCGUGAUCAGCUUGUUGCAGAACGCCAACACGUGGAUUAAAAGGUGCGUAGCUGUGCGCGCGCCGCGGAGCCUCAGCGGCUUCUCCUCGCGGCGAUGAAGACGCUCACAGGGCAUUUCCCGCGCGCAACAGUGCGCUAUUAGCCUAUACUGUCUCAUCACACACACACACACACACACACACACACACACACACACACACACACACACACACACACACACACACACACACACACGCACUCAAACACGCAACCACAUACACGCACGCAGGCGCACACACACACACACACACACACACACACACACACACACACACACACACACACACACACACACACACACACACACACACACACACACACACACACACAUACACACCCGCCUUACGGUCGGUACGGUACGGUCCAUGUGUCGUCAUGGUAACAGCCCUCGGAUGGAACACCCCCUCUGACCCCGAUUCCUCGUGCGCCGUCCGGUGAGGAGUCGUGCAUCACACGCGACAAACCGAAGACGGAGAUAGAAAGGAGGAAGAGGCGCAACGAAGGAGGAUUUUUUUCUAUUUCAGAGCACUGGGAAGGACUGAGGAAUCCAUAUUCUUAAAAUGCUGCUGGCCGUGUAUCAUCACAUCAUACGCUGGAGGUCUGCGCUUCGCCUGAUCUGCUCCCCCAGAUCUUGGGGCUGAUGAGAGCGUCUGCAGAAGACCCUCCCUGCAAAGUCGGUACACACGCGCGCACUCAGAGCUUGCGGGGCUGAUCCAUCCAGACCGAUCGGUGCUGCUGUGAUCUGCAGGAACGCCACAUCAUCUUCGUCAUCCUCGUCCUCCAGUCACGCGCAUAUCUCUCCCUCGCCGCUGUCUGACGGCCGCCGUUUCGCGGCUGUGGUGUAAACAGGAAGUGAUGUUGGCACUGGGAGACUAAGAGAGAGCGAGAGGCUAAAGAGAGAGAGCGAGCGAGAGAGUCUUCAGAGGCAAGCUUCGCGUUUCCUUCCCUCCCUCCUCUUCCUCUGAACUCGACGCCCUCCCUGGAAGCCAUCCAUGUUCAGAUGACCCCCUCGCCAGCCCCCCAGGCGUAGACACCCCCCUCCUCCUCCUCCCCCCCCCCCCCCCCUUUCCCUCCCUCCACCUCUGGCCUCUCCCCCCUCCCCCCCAACAAUGUACCCAUGCAUCACCCGGCUGCAGACCAUCCUCGCCCUGCUGUACUCCACCAUGCUGUCCCGGGGCCACACGUGCCCCUCUAGGUGCCUCUGCCCGGACCACCACACCGUGGACUGCUCCGGCCGCGCCCUCACCCACCUCCCGGGCCCCUUCCCCCUCAACGUGCGCCGCCUGCUGCUGGCCAACAACUGGAUCUCCUGGAUCCCGUCGGACUUCCUGCUGCUCUACAGCGACCUGGUGUACCUGGACCUGAGGAACAACUCGCUGUCCCAGUUGGAGCCCGGCACGCUCAGCACCCCCUUCUCCAGGCUGGUCUUCCUGGACCUGGGCAGCAACAACCUGACGGAGAUCCCCUCGGGGUCGUUCGGGGAGUCCCGGAGCCUGAUCAAGCUGCGCCUGGGGGACAACCCCUACCUGAGCGCGGUGGGGCCGCACGCCUUCCAGGGCCUCAGCUCCCUGCGGGAGCUGGGCCUGGAGCGGAACGGGCUGUCGGACCUGGACGUGGGCGCCCUGGAGCCCCUGGCCUCCCUGCGGACGCUGCGGCUGGAGGGGAACCCCUGGGAGUGCAGCUGCCGCUUCGCCAAGCUGUUUGCGUGGCUCACGGAGCACCGCGACAAGCUGCCCACGGGUGAGGAUAAUAAGCGGCUUACGCCCCGUGCCAUGCAUGCGCCUCUAAAGCCCUGGCGGGCGGGACAGGAAAUCGGCCACACGCCGCUGGUAAUCCGGGCCGGGGCGACCGUCGGCGAUUUCGGGUGAUUCCGCUGUUGUCGGCGGCCGCCCCUUGGACGCCACACACACACACACACACACACACACACACACACACACACACACACACACACACACACACACACACACACACACACACACACACACACACACACACACACACACACACACACACACACACACACACACACACACACACGCACGGUCCAUCAGGACAACACUGAGCCAAGAGGAAACGUUUUUUAGAUUACAUUUUAAGAGCCGCAUGUCCAACGCCGCGGACACAUUCUGUUAUUGUUUGUUGUUAUCCGACCACAGCUCCUGUUUAAUCCCGGUGCCAACAUCAUUUGUUAGACAUGGCUCGGUUUCGCUUUCUAACGUAACGGUGGGUUGAGUUCUCCCCGUUGGUUUUAAAACCCACACCUGCAUGUCUCCACACGGCACGUCGCCAGGGACCCUAGCCGGUAGCGGUUGCCUUGACAGUCCCCUCUUCAAGAUAAUGGGAACUGGGAAGCUACCUCAUUUCCCCGGUGUGGUUUCAUGUUUGGCUGCGAAUCCUCUCUGGGGGCUUUUUCCCGUUUAGUCCCAUCGUUCAAUUAGCGUUCCCAUGGCCAUGGGGACUGAUAGAAUUGUGAAUAGUCAAUUACAUCCUCAUUGGCCAGAUAAGCGCAUGCUAAUCGAAAUGUACACUGAAUGCAUCGGCCGACAAGAGAGACAAAAAGACACUCUCCCUUCCAGUGCUACGUGUUGCCUGAAGAGAUAGACGCCACACACACACACACACACACACACACACACACACACACACACACACACACACACACACACACACACACACACACACACACACACACACACACACACACACACACACACACACACACCACCUCUGCCUGUGCUUCUACUGUUGUGACACAUCCUCAUCUUAACCUUUCUCUUUGUGUCUACCUCCUAUUUGAGUGGCUGUGCGGGAUGUUUUGGCAACACGAUAUAUAAGCUUAUAAUUACGAUGAGUGCAUAUUAGGUUAUUAUGGUCACACAUACUUGUGCACGUGUGCAUGCUUUUGUGUGAGUCUCUGUCUUUGUAUUGUGUUUAUGAUGUCGUGAUGUCUCUUUGUGUGUGUGUGUGUGUGUGUGUGUGUGUGUGUGUGUGUGUGUGUGUGUGUGUUUGUGUCUGUCUCUUCUCUCCAUGGGGCUGGGUGCCGAGGCAAGGAGGACAGUCAUGUGACCGCCGUGUCACCCAGCGAUGAGGUCAUCGAGGCUAUUUCCAUACGAAAAACCCUUUCUGCUCUUAAAUGUACCGGCUUACGCCUGCAUGCUUACGUGCACACACACACACACACACACACACACACACACACACACACACACACACACACACACACACACACACACACACACACACACACACACACACACACACACACACACACAUACACACACACAUACACACACACACCAAA